AUGUUUGCCAACGCUGUGGGUGCCCGCGUGUGCUCCAUGGCGGUGAACUUCCGCGGCCGUUUGCCCGGCCUCACGGAGGCGGAGGCUGGCAACUACGAGGGCCUGAUGUGCCUGGGCCCCGAAGCUUUCGCCGCGCCGGGCGGCGUGCGCGCCCGGCUGCGGAGCCUGGCAACGCCUGCAGCUCCAAGCGAGGCCCUGCCCGGGUUUUGGGAGUGCCUCGGAGCGCGCCUGGCGGUCAUCACCAGCUGGGCCUUUGAGGGGGACCCCUCCCUGGAAGGAUGCCAGAUGCUGUUGCACCUCCCGCACUUCGACUUGGGUGAGGUGAACUCGGACAUGGCGGUCGUGUUCCGGCCGGGCGCCGGGCGCCUGGCGGUGCUGACCUUCUCCAAGGAGCUGGACAUGGAUCGCGCGCUCGGCUCGAGCGUGGGAACGCCGCUGUGCCGCGAGGUCUUCCGAGAGGCGGAGGGCGCAAAAAAGGCGCAAGGCGCGGGCGGGCGUUGCGAGGCGCUGCUCAUGUUGGAGCAGGGCCUCACCUUUGAGGAAGCCUGGAGUUUCUGCGAGAGAAAGCGGCCCAUCGUGUACCCCAACGUGGGUUUCCAGCAGCAGCUGAAGCACCUGGAGAAGAUCAUGGGGAAGGUGGUCGACUUCAAGGCACCCUGGCCGCAGCAGAUCAAACAGCUGCGCGAGGCCUUGCCCAAGGGUGAUUUGGAGGGCCCCAAGUCUCCGCUGCCCAUCCGGGAAGCCAUCGGCUCGGUCAUGGACGAUGCCUUGGUCGAGCUGGAGAAGCUGGUGGAGAAGGUGCUGGACCAGCCGCAGCUGCUCCAGCAGCGGGAGCUGUGGAAACGCCAGGGGCUCUUCUUUGAGAACCUUCACAAGUACAAGGCGAUCCCGGGGGACCUGGCGCUGCUGGGCCGUGCCAAGACGGCGGCGGAGCAGCUGAGGUCGCUGCAGCGUGUCUACAGUCAGUCCUUGAAGGGGGUCCAGCUGGCGAAUGCUGUCGCGCAGGAGCUGGAGGACUGGUCCCGCGUGGCCGCCCCUGAGCUGCAGCGCCUGGAGGACGCGCCGGCCAGAGCGGAGGCGCCGCCGAAGGAGCUGAGCAAGAAGCAGAAGAAACAGCUGAAGAAGGACAAGAAGCGCGAGAAGAAGGCGAUGAAGGCUGAGAAGAAAGCAGCCAAGACCCUCGCGAAGAUCGAGGAGGCCGCCAAGCAGGCCGAGAUGGUGACCAGCCGCGCGAAGGAGGAGGAAGCCGAGGCGUCGCAGCGCAUCGCGGAGGUGGAGGCGGAGCUGGAGGCUGCAGAGGCAGAGGCCGCUGCCGCUGCGGAGGAGUCCUCUGAGGACCCGGAGACGGUUGCCCGGACGGAGCGCUUGCGCGCGCAGCUGAGCGAGGCCUACGAGCAAUCCGCCCAGGUAGCUCUGAGGUCCGCAGAGCAGGCUGAGGCGGCGGUGUCCGCGGUGCGGAAGCGGAAGAGGUCCUCCUCCUCUGACAGCUCGGAUUCCUGA